AUGAACAAUAGAGAUGCCACUGGCCGAGUGGCCAAGUGGGCCAUUGAGCUACUCCCGCUGGACAUCAGGUUUGAAGCCAAGAAGGCCAUCAAGUCGCAAGCCCUGGUAGAUUUCCUGUUCGAAUGGAUUGAGCAAGAACAGCCUGUCCCGAGUGUUCCCGAACACUGGUGGAUGUUCUUCGACGGCUCCAAGAUGCUUAACGGCUCCGGGGCCGGAGUGGUCUUGGUGUGCCCUAAAGGCGAUCAACUCAGUUACGUUCUUCAGAUUCACUUCGACUCCUCCAACAACGAAGCUGAAUACGAAGCUCUCCUAUAUGGGUUGCGAAUGGCAAUCUCUCUGGGGAUUCGCCGACUGAUGAUCUAUGGCGACUCGGACCUAGUGCUGAAUCAAGUCAUGAAGGAAUGGGACAUCCGUAGUCCGGCAAUGACUAGCUACUGCAACGCCGUCAGAAAAUUAGGAAAACACUUUGAAGGGCUGGAGCUCCAUCAUGUGCCACGAAUCAAGAACCAAGAAGCUGACGACUUGGCCAAGAUGGGCUCCACUCGGAAGGCGAUGCCCAAGAAUGUGUUUCUCGAACACUUGCACUCUCCCACAAUCAAGGAAGACCCUUUUGUGGAGGAGCCCCCGCAACCAGUCGGUCCUUCCAAUCCGACUGAAGUAGACGUUCCUGCAAUAAUUGAUUUGGUUCAAGAGAUCCUGGUCAUCACUCUCGAGUGGACUGAGCCAUACCUGGCGUACCUGCUCAGGCAGGAACUCCCAGAAGAUGAGGAUGAAGCUCGACAGGUCGUCCAUCGAUCCAAAGCAUUCACAGUCAUGGGAGAUCUACUGUACAAAAAAGGUACGACUGGAGUCACUCUGCGGUGCAUAUCCCCGGAGGAAGGGCAACAAAUACUGCAAGAGAUUCACUCGGGAACAUGCGGGCAUCAUGCGUCCUCUCGGACCUUGGUCGCCAAAGCAUUCAGAGCCGGAUUCCAUUGGCUCCGAGCCAAUGAGGCCGCCCGAGACAUAGUGGAUCAAUGCGUCGGGUGCCAGUUCUAUGCAAACCAGUCGCACAAGCCGGCGUCCGCCCUGAAGACUAUCCCCGUCACUUGGCCAUUCGCUGUCUGGGGACUCGACAUGGUCGGCCCUCUCCGGACCGGGGCGAGUGGCUUCACUCACCUAUUGGUAGCAGUGGACAAAUUCACUCAAUGGAUCGAGGCUAAACCCAUAAAAAAGCUGGACUCAGCUAUUGCGAUUCAGUUCAUCAAGGAGAUUAUCUUCCGAUUCGGAGUCCCGCACAACAUCAUCACCGACAAUGGGUCGAAUUUCGACUCAGACAAGUUCCACGGGUUUUGUUACACCCAGGGCACUCGGGUCGAUUACGCCUCCGUGGCGCACCCGUAG